UUGUUUGUGUCAGUCAAUUAUCUUUUUCCUGUUAUUAUCACUCAAGUUACAUCACACAAUUUUCCUUUGCUUCCUUUUCACUGAAUGGCCUGAAUUUAUUGCCGUCAUGUCAUUGUCUCAAAAAGAAAAAAAGAAAAAAACUCUAGAAAGUCGUAUUUACAAGCUCUGCACUCAAUUUUGCUUUAUGGGUUUGCUUCAAAAUUUGUUAUUUUCUUUUAACUUCUCAGUUUUUAUUUGUUUAUUGUUAGUAUAAGCAAGAGAACAUGAAGUUUGUCAAGUGUUUCAGUUAGAGUGGUUUAAGGGGCAUUCUAAGCGUGUUUUGGUACUUGAGAAGGGUUUUAAUUUGUUCAGUUGGUGAAUGUAGAAAAAAGGUCCUAUGUUACAAAUAAAAGAGUGUUCUUAUUUUUCAAGUUAAGAGUGUCUUGGUCUUCAGUGAGUGACCAGUUUAAUAUUACUAUUGCAGCUUUUUUCAAGUGCUUUUAGGACUUGAAAGAGUUUUUGACUUGCUGUUAGUGCUUUCAGAAAGUUCCAAGUUGUUAAUUUUAUUUAAUUAUGAGUUCAAGUUUUCUGGUUUCAUUAUUAUUUUCUCAAUCUUGAUAAUUUGAAGCCCUUUCUAAGUGCAAAUACUUGAAAGUAGUGAUAAGUUGGUUCUUUUGGGUCUGCCUUUCCUAAUACAAGCCAUGGCAUCAGUUGUUUCAUUCCGAGUAUCACCUUAUUAUUUGUUAAAUUCAGAAAUUAAGCCUCGGUUGCAAGUGAGAGUUCAGAGUUUAGAUGGUAGUGAUUCGACAAUGCUGUCAUCUGGUUCAGUUGCGGUGAAUGGAACUUCUUUCAUUGGGAGAAUAGAGAACAACGGAGCACUUAAUGGUGGCAGUACCACUACAAAGAAAGAAGAGGGUAGAGUUUUGAUUGAUGGAGGAAAUGGGAGAUUAAAGUCUAGAGUUGAGAAAAAGCAGGUGAAAAAUGUUUCUCAAGAUUUUGAAGUUCUGUGGGAUGAUGGAUAUGGAACCAAGACAGCGAAGGAUUAUCUUGAAGGAGCCAAGGAGAUGAAUAGGUUUGAUGACGGACCACCUAGGUGGUUUAGCCCCAUUGAGAGUGGGCAACCUUUAAAAGAUUCUCCAACUCUUCUGUUUUUGCCUGGGCUUGAUGGUGUUGGCUUGGGACUUACUUUGCACCAUAAAGCUCUGGGAAAGGUAUUUGAAGUUUGGUGCCUUCAUAUUCCAGUCUACAACAGAACACCAUUUGAAGGACUGGUGAAAUUUGUUGAGGAAACAGUCAGGCUUGAGCAUGCCUUGUUCCCAGAUAAGCCGAUUUAUCUAGUCGGAGAUUCCUUUGGAGGAUGUCUAGCACUUGCUGUUGCUGCCCGUAAUCCCAAAAUUGACUUUGUAGUGAUACUAGCCAAUCCAGCUACAUCAUUCGGCAGAUCACAGCUGCAACCAUUGCUUCCUGUCUUGGAAGCAUUCCCUGAAGGAUUACAUAAUGCAGUUCCCUAUCUUCUUAGCUUUGUAAUGGGUAAUCCAUUGAAGAUGGCAAUGGUUGAUGUCGAAUAUAUACUUCCUCCUAGAUUAAAAAUCGAACAGCUGUCUGGGAAUCUUACUGCUUUGCUACCAUAUCUUUCUGGUUUGGCUGAUAUUAUUCCCAAGGAUACUCUUGUUUGGAAGUUAAAAUUACUAAAAUCAGCUGCUGCUUAUACCAAUUCCCGUCUUCAUGCUGUAAAAGCUGAAGUGCUAGUGCUUGCUAGUGGCGCAGAUUAUAUGCUUCCUAGUGCAGAUGAAGCUAAGCGCCAAAAUUCAUUACAGAAUUGUAUAGUUCGCCACUUCAAAGACAAUGGGCAUACACUUCUGCUGGAAGAUGGCAUUAAUUUGCUCACUAUUAUUAAAGGUACUGGCAAAUAUCGCUCAAGGAGAAUUGAUUUUGUCUCAGACUUUCUGCCACCUAGCAUGUCAGAAUUCAAGCGUGGCUUUUAUGAAAUAUCUGGGUUAUUACGCUUUGUUACAGGUGCUGCUUUGUUCUCAACUCUGGAUGACGGAAGGAUAGUGAGAGGUCUUGCUGGGGUUCCAAAUAAAGGUCCUGUUAUAUUAGUUGGUUACCAUAUGCUGAUGGGACUCGAACUUUAUUCCCUCUAUGAAGAGUUUCUGAGAGAGAAGAACAUUGCACUUCGUGGUUUAGCACAUCCAAUAAUAUCCAAUGGAAGGCUUGAAGAGUUAACUAAUGAAUUUUCUGUUUCUGAUUGGAUGCAAGUUAUGGGUGCUUUACCUGUUACACCAAGCAAUCUUUUCAAAUUGCUUUCUACAAAAUCACACGUGCUUCUUUAUCCUGGGGUGCAGGAGGCUCUGCAUUACAAGGGUGAACAGUAUAAGUUAUUUUGGCCUGAUCAACCAGAGUUUGUGAGAAUGGCUGCGAGGUUUGGAGCCACAAUUGUACCAUUUGGAUCUGUAGGAGAAGAUGAUAUAGCAGAAUUGGCUCUUGACUACAAUGAUCUAAUGAAAAUCCCUGUGCUUAAUGACUACAUAAGAGAGUCCACCCGCAGCGCUAUAAGAAUCAGGGAUCCGAGUCAAGGCGAAGUUGGCAACCAAGAACUGUUUAUCCCAGGGCUUUUGCCUAAGGUACCUGGCCGCUUUUACUUUCUGUUCGGGAAGCCCAUAGAAACAAAGGGGAAGGAAGAGCUGCUGAAAGACAAAGGUUAUGCAAAUGAACUUUAUUUGCAGGUAAAAUCUGAAGUUAAACGCAAUAUGGACUACUUGUUAAAGAAGAGAGAGACAGACCCUUAUAGGAGUAUUAUUGAUAGAACACUAUAUCGUGCAUUAUAUUCUCCUUUAAAUGAAGUUCCAGCAUUUGAUCCUUGAAAAUAGUUAGACAGUACAACAGUUGGUCUUAAAACUUCUACAACCAUCCCUUCACCUGAAAGUGAGUUCUGUACAAAUUCAAGUAUAUAUAAUGAAAACUAUGGUGGUUUUAUCAGGUUA